AUGAGUGGCUUUGUGACAAAGAUAAAGACACAAUUUUCCGAAAUACCAGCACAAACGAAAUCAGUUCUAGAUGCAGCCCAGGCAACUGCAAAAAGCAGUCCGACGCAGACAGCCGCAGCAGCUCCACCCCCACUAACAGUAUCCGAAACUGCUGGUGUUGCCCUUGGGAGCACAGCAGGAGUUCUCCUGGCAAUUGUCGCUGCAAUCUUUGUUGUCCGUCGCUAUCAUGCAAGGCGUGCAGCAACAAGCGCGGGAUCUUCAGGCGCAUAUCCCGAAAUUGCUUACUUGUACGAUGCUUCCAUUCUUCGUCCCAGAAGCAGCAGUAGUGAAGAUGGCGAGGCUUCAGCUUUCAUGUCCGGGGGAGCAGGUGGCAUAGCACGUACAUCGACAGAAAGUAGGCUACCACCUCGGGCUCCUCACAAUUCCUUCGACUAUGGAUACCGGCAUUUGCAUAGCGUGGACGGCAUGCGCUACAGCGACCCCGGAAACCCCUUCUCGGAUACGAUAGAUCCAUUCUUGGACUGGAGAAGCAGCGUCGCCAUCAACGCCCCAACUGAUACUGUAUCUGCUCUUGCUGCUGCAGUCGUAGGAUAUAGCAAUGGUCCGCAGAAACCACUCCCUGCCCUGCCCGAGACGGCUUCUAGGCAAGCUUUCCGCAAUCACGUUAUUCCUUCGCCGACACUAAGCCCACUGAUGAAUGCCUGUAGCUUACGCCGCAGUCCUGCACGAUCGUCUAGUCGGAGCAGCGUCAAAAGCCAGAGGUCACUGCGAAAACUACAUUCGUGCACUGGUCAAAAUCCCGCGUCAAGCAACUACUCGCCGUCGACGCAUGGGAGGGGAUUGAGACAGAGUCUAGCAUCGAUCAGGGAGACUGACAACAGCGAGCCUUUUUCAGAUCCGAUCGAGCAUGACCUUCUCCUACCCGUCGAUGUACGCACCGAGACCCCAGACUCAGUGGUAGUAUACGCACCUACACCGAUUUCGCGAAAAGCAAUGCGGCCAUUCGGACCUCCAGUUCUCCCCAGCCAAAACUCCAUGACAAUGCCGAUAAACAUAGAUGCACAGCCUGCGAAGAGCAAAAGACUCCGUUCAACAGGCAGUCUCCUCUUCCCCAAGAACGAAGAAACAGCAUACAAGUACUCGUCACUCGCGCACGACACACAGCCCUCACUGUACUCCACGGACCACUCAUCCACCGACGACAUCACACACAACGACUUCCCGUCUCCGCCAUCAGCAUCCUCAACGCCAGUCUACAAGGGCUGGGACGACAUAAAACGGCAUUCGAGCAGCUCCUCGCCGCGCCCACCCGCAUUCUCACCGCCACCGCCGCCCUUCCACGCUUUUGGCCCACCGCACGCAAACCCAUCGUCCCCUCCUCGGCCUCUCCUCAAGAAGCGCUCUCUCAUCCACCCGCUCAUGUCUCAGAACCCGUUUUUCCCGCUCACGCCAAAACCACAGUUUACGCAUGCGUCUCCUUCUACGUCUAGUCAGAGCUUCGAUGGCCCGAGAAGGAGUUUGCUGGCAAAAGUGCAGAGUAUAGGGGAGAUGAGGGAGGAAGGAGAUGCGGGAGUGGAGAGUGGAAUGGAGAAGAGGGUGAGGAGGGAGAGCUCUGUAGUCAUGGGAUUGGGGCUGGGGUUGGGGUACCGCGAUAGCGUUUCUAGGAAGAAGGAGAUGGCAGCGCGAUGGGGGCCUGAUGAAGUUGGGCGAAUGGUGUGA